UAUCUAUGGCUAAACCUUGUCUUCUUCUUCUUCUUUUUCUUCUCCACAAAAUCAUGGGCUAAUUUAAAUGGCACCUGGCCAAUGUGUCCUGACAAGUGCGGCACCCUCACCAUCCCCUACCCAUUCGGCCUCACCGACGGCUGCUCCCUCUCCGGCUUCAAAAUCAGAUGCAACACCACCUACAACCCACCAAAAGCCUUUCUUGACAACGCCAACCAUGUCCCAGUCCUCAACAUCUCAGAAGAUGUCCUUAUAAUCUCCAACAAGAUCGCCGGCCGGAACUGCCACGGAAUUGGCACUCAAACCAAGUUCAACCAAAGCAGGCCUUACACCUUCUCUUCAACCAGAAACAUGUUCACUGCCGUCGGUUGUGACACCCUCGCCAUCUUCUCCGCGGGUAACAACUCUGAUUACUUAGCUGGUUGUGUCUCCAUGUGCACCAACUUGUCCAGCAUCGUCAAUGGGUCUUGUUCCGGCCAUGGCUGUUGCCAGACCUCCAUCCCCAGCGGUCUCAAACGCUUUGAUGUUAGUCUGAGCACUAUAAGUGACAAAAUUCGGUAUAACUACAGUCAGAAUGUUAGUAAGUACUGUAGCAAAGCUUUCUUGGUGGAUAAAGACCAGUUUGUGUUUAACACUUCAUUCAUGCAAUCUGAUCAUCUGGAAAGCCUUCCAGUUGUGCUUGACUGGGCCAUUGGAAAAAAGACUUGUGAAGUUGCUAGCCUGUCUAAAAAUUUUGCUUGCAAGCAUGAGAACACUCGUUGCGUUGACUUCGUCAACGGGCAUGGCUAUCGUUGUAGCUGUCAAGAUGGAUUUCAAGGCAAUCCUUACCUGCCUCUCCCUGCUGGUUGUCAAGAUGUGAAUGAGUGUGCUUCUCCGAAAACCAAUGAUUGUAAAAUGAUAUGCCAAAACAUACCAGGUAGUCAUUUGUGCUCAUGUCCCACCGGGUAUCAAGGAGAUGGUAAAAAAAACGGCACAGGGUGCGUUAAAACUUUGAAUAGUAAAUCCCAACUUCUUCAAAUUAUUCUCGCUUGUGGGCUGGGUGUGUUUUUCUUGCUAGUGGUGAGCACAUUAUUAGUGUGCUGGGGAGUAAAGAAGAGAAGGAUGAUAAAACUGAAAGAGAAGUUCUUUGAACAAAAUGGAGGACUGCUAAUGCAACAAUUGCUCUCCUCACACCAAAGCACAACCAAAUCUGCCCGGAUAUUCACCGCUGAUGAGCUGGAGCGAGCCACAGACAACUACAACCAGAGCCGAGUGCUCGGCCGGGGAGGUUACGGCAUCGUCUACAAAGGAAUUUUCCCUCCAGACAACCAACUCGUCGCCAUUAAAAAGUCUAAGUUCAUGGAAAACCAGAUCAACCAGAUAGACCAGUUCAUCAAUGAGGUGGUCAUUCUCUCACAAGUGAUCCACAUGAAUGUGGUGAGAAUCUUGGGUUGUUGCCUUGAGACACCAGUGCCAUUACUUGUCUAUGAGUAUGUCCCUGGUGGAACGCUUUACCAUCACAUCCAUGAACGACGUGGUUCACUUUCAUGGAGUACACGUCUAAAGAUCGCCAUUGACACUGCUGGAGCACUUGCUUAUCUUCACUCGGCCACAGCAAGACCAAUCUUUCACAGAGAUAUCAAGUCAACAAACAUCCUUCUUGAUGACAACUACAUGGCCAAAGUAUCAGACUUUGGAGCUUCAAGACUGAUACCACAAGAUAAAGACCACAUAACCACUAUAGUUCAAGGAACUCUUGGGUACUUGGAUCCAGAGUAUUACUCCUCUGGAGUUUUAACAGAGAAGAGUGAUGUUUAUAGCUUUGGAGUUGUCCUUGCUGAGCUUCUCACAGGAGAGAAGCCUAUUUCACAGGGAAGAGUACAAGAGGAGAAGAACCUGGCAAUUUACUUUGUUCUAAGCGUGGAGAGAGAUUCUUUGUUUGAUAUCUUGGAACCAAGAGUGAAAAAGGAGGUAAGGAGAGAGCAACUGCAACGAGUGGCUGAGGUGGCAAUGAGCUGCCUUAGGGAUAAAGGAGAGGAAAGGCCAACCAUGAAGAGUGUACAUUUGGAGCUUCAGCGUUUGAUCAGCUAUGGUGAUCAAGAUAUAUAUAGUCUGCAUCCGCAUGAUCAGUGGCCGUUGGAUGAGCAUCAAACAGAUGAGAGCUUUGUUGUGAAAAGCACAGGGUAUUAUAAUUGGAGUAGGAUUGAAGAUGAAAGCUUGCUUAGAGGAUCAACUCAAUCUCAUAGUGCUAGUUUUGAGAUAACAAAUGCUAGUGGUGAUUUAGGAGGUUCAUCCAAGCUUUUCUCUCGUACAUCCUCUCAUUAGUUAUUUCAUCCAAUCACUAGAAUUAUAUAUAGUAGCAGUGAUGUUCUUUGUUAAACCUUUUCAAUUCCUUU